AGAAUGUCGCAGCGCCGACAGCAAGUAAGCACAGUGCUGGGUUCAGGAUCACUACCCGUGACGGAGCCAGUACCGGUAACAGUGCACGGCGAGACGGACGAAGUAGAAUUCGCGGUGCAUGACCGACAAUCGAUCCCGAACCUCCUGGGGAUGGUAGAAUGGGAACGGCGGUCUGUCGCACGCACAAUACGACGCCGCACGUCAGCACAGGUGUACGCCGUACGAGGCCUUAUUUGGAAGACCACCGUACUUCACGCGUUGCAAGAGGUAACCGGCACAAUGACAGAGGAGCAGAGGAAACAGAGCCUGGCGGCACAGAUGCGUGAGAGACUGCAAAAGGCCAUGCUCGCAGAUAUGCCGCUCGAGGAGUCGGGCGCGGAUGACCUACGGGUAGGAGAAAUAGUAGUAGUCUCGAUGGAGCCAGGGUCACAGAUGGAGCCAGGGUCACAGACGCCAGGGGAGGACCGAAGAUACCAGCUUCGGCGCACAUCGCGUGGUCGCUCCUAUGAGGAUAACAGAGUUGAGGAAAACGCAGGUAGUGGCAGAAAGAUGCGACGUGCCGGGGUGGACGGUCACGGCUCACAAAGACCAAGUCAGAAGGUUCAAGCUGAGCAUGGAUCCACUACUGCGGUGGGCAACCCAAGAGUACGUCUCAGGGCAGCGCGAGCUGGAGGAGCAGGCCGAGAACAGGCGGAGGCGACCGACGUUGGCAUGAAGACAGAAGCCAACUGGGAUGAGUUCUUAGGAAUGAUACAACCCUUCAACUGA